UCAUGUUGUGCUUCUCCGUUUGUACAGAAGUUGCUAGAAGGUGACGAUCCCAGGGAAACUCUCCUUAAAGUUCAGAGAGGAGCGGAGGUGUUCAGAAGACCAAUUGUCCUGAUGGGGGAGAAAUUAUCUGGGACCUUCCUUCCCCAAGGAGAAAACGACAAUAAGGACCUGCAGUGCUUACUACUUUUCGCACAUGGCGACUUGCAGCAUGUCACCAUCCGCCCUGUUGUUCCAGAACGUAGCAAAGGUAGUUGCACUGGCGAAAGGGGUGAAAGCAAGGUGAAUAAUAGCCUAGAAAGGAACAGGACCCUGGUUUUCCUGAUGGAUAUCGGCUAG